AGGAAGUCGGAAGUUGCCGCUUGCGCUGCACCUUGGGCUGGAUUGUGUGGAGAGCUGGGUCAGCUGGGUAGCCCCACCAUGGUCUGCAUCACAUCAGAGUUCUAAACUUGCCAGUUUGAGUCACAUAGUGGGCUGUCCAUUGCAGAACAGGAAAAGGAUUUGUGUGUGGAGCAUGGCCUCUCCCUUCAGAACAGAAGAGGAGGAGCAGUGUACUGUGUACACUGCAGGGGGAAACAGACUUGACAAUAGCUAGUCCCAGACUGAAGUUGAAGGCAGUGAGCUGCAGGUAUCUCCAUUACAAAGAAGGACCUGAUGGGACAGAAUGCAGUGACCUAUGAUGAUGUGCAUGUGAACUUUACUCAAGAAGAGUGGGCUUUGCUGGAUCCUUCUCAAAAGAAUCUCUACAAAGAUGUGAUGCUGGAGACCUACUGGAACCUCACUACUAUAGGCUACAAUUGGGAAGACCAUAACAUUGAAGAACAUUGUGAAAUUUCUAGAAGACACAGAAGACACAAAAGAAAUUAUACUGGAGAGAAACCCCAUGAAGUUAUUCAAUAUGGUGAAGCCAUUGCACAUCAGAGUACUCUAAAAAUACAUAAAGGAACUCAUAUUGGAGAGAAACACUAUGAAUGUAAUCAGUAUGGUAAAGCCUUUGCAAGUCAUGGUCAUCUCCAAAUACAGGAAAGAACACACACUGGAGAGGAACCAUUUGAACAUAAUCAAGGUGGUACAGCCUUUGUUAGUCACAGUAGUCUCCAAAUACAUAAAAGAACACAUAUUGGAGAGAAGCCCUAUGAAUGUAAUCAAUGUGGGAAAACCUUUGGAAGUCACAGUAGUCUCAAAAUACAUAAAAGAACACAUACUGGUGAGAAACCCUAUGAAUGUAAUCAGUGUGGUAAAGCCUUUGCAUAUCGCUGUACUCUCCAAAAACAUAAAAGAUUACAUACAGGAGAUAAACCAUAUGAAUGUAAUCAAUGUGAUAAAGCCUUUGCCCAAAUCAAUAAUCUUCAAAUGCAUAAAAGAACACAUACUGGAGAGAAACCCUAUGAAUGUAAUCAGUGUGGUAAAGCCUUUGCAUAUCAUAGUUAUCUACAAAUCCAUAAAAGAACACAUACUGGAGAGAAACCCUAUGAAUGCACUCAAUGUGGUAGAGCCUUUGCAUUUUACAGUAAUCUCCAAAUACAUAAAAGAAGACAUACUGGAGAAAAACCGUAUGAAUGUAAUCAAUGUGGUAAAGCCUUUGCUGAACAGAGUCUUCUUCAAAUGCAUAAAAGAACACAUACUGGAGAGAAACCCUAUGAAUGUAACCAAUGUGGUAAAGCCUUUGCAAGUCACAGUCAUCUCCAAAGACAUAAAAGAACACAUACUGGAGAGAAACCCUAUGAAUGUAAUCAAUGUGGUAAAGCCUUUGCAAGUCAUGGUCAUCUCCAAGGACAUAAAAGAACACAUACUGGAGAGAAACCCUAUGAAUGUAAUCAGUGUGAUAAAGCCUUUGCAUUUUACAGUAAUCUCCGAAUACAUAAAAGAAGACAUACUGGAGAGAAACCCUAUGUAUGUAAUCAAUGUGGUAAAGCCUUUGCUGAACAAAGUCCUCUUCAAAUGCAUAAAAGAACACAUACUGGAGAGAAGCCCCAUGAAUGUCCUCAAUGUGGUAAAGCCUUUUCACAACUCACUAAUCUUCAAAUGCAUAAAAGAACACAUACUGGAGAGAAACCCUAUGAAUGUAAUCAAUGUGGUAAAGCCUUUUCACAACACAGUCAUCUUCAAAUGCAUGAGAGAACACAUACUGGAGAGAAACCCUAUGAAUGUAAACAAUGUGGUAAAUCUUUUGCACAUCAGAGUACUCUCCAAAAACAUAAAAGAUUACAUACUGUAGAGAAACCCUAUGAAUGUAAUCAAUGUGGUUAAGACUUUUCACAACUCAAUAAUCUUCAGACACAUACUAUGGAGAAGUCCUAUGAAUGUAUUCAAUGUGGUAAAUGCCUUGCAUGUAUCAGAAAUCUAAAUCAUGAGAAAAAAAAAACAUAUUACAGAGAAACCCUAUAAUUGUAGUCAGUGAGGUAAUGUUUUGCAUUUCAUGAUAGUCUUUAUACAAGAGUAAAUUUUUAGUUUGCAACCAAUUUGUUAAUAUCACAGUAAUCUUUGAGGAUCUGAAACACUAAUAUCAGAGGGAAUAUGAUGAUAAAAAAUUUGGUAAAAUUUUUAGCCAACACACUUUUAUUCAGUUAAAAAUAUUAUUUAUUCUGAACAAGAAAAAAAAUCUGACAAUAUCAACAGUCUUGUCUAGCCUAAUAAUGUCCAUUUUUUUACUUUGUUCACACCUUCAAGCUUAUAUGAACAAAAGCCCUACUGAUUUAAAAAAUAAAGUAACUCUUAGAUUUCA